AUGAAUGAUGAAAGAGCUAAUCAAAUGCUUCAAAGUAGAUUCUUGGGAAAUAUUCAUCGUUUAAUGAUCUACAAGUUGGAUGAUAAUGCAAUUUAUGGAGAAGUAUUUUACAGAGCUCUACAAGGAAUGAAUAAUCUGACAUCAUUGAACAUUAGCAGUCAACAAAUAGGUCCAGAAGGUGCUAAAUUAGUGAGUGGAGUUAAGCAAUUAGAAAAGUUAAUUCUAGUUUUCAAUAAUGUUGGUACUGAAGGUGCCAAAUAUAUUAGUGAAAUGGAAAAUUUAACAUCACUCAUCAUUAGGAGUAAUAACAUUGGUGAUGAAGGAGCAAUUCACUUGAGUGGAAUGAAGAAAUUGACAAAUUUGGAUGUUAGUGAUAAUAUGAUUAGAGAGGAUGGAAUGAGGGCAAUCCGUAAUAUGACACAAUUGAGGAGUUUUGUGGAUUGUGGAAGUUGUGCUCUGGAAGAAGUUUCAAAGAUGGAUCAAUUGACCUAUUUAGAUGUUUCACACAAUCUCAGUGGAGCAGCUAUAGGUAAAUUCAAUAACUUGACUUGGCUCAGUAUGGUUAAUACCUGUAUUGGUGAUAACGAACUUGAAUUGAUUAGUAAAUAUCCAAAAUUGACCAAGCUCUUUGUCUCCAAUAAUUUUAUCACCUCAGAAGGUGUGAAACCUUUGAGUGAAAUGAAACAAUUGAAAGCUCUUCACAUUGGCGAUAAUGGUAUAAAUGAGGAAGGAGUGAAAAUCAUUAGUGAGAUGAAACAACUAACGGAGCUCAAUGUUGAAGGUUUGAAUAUUUCAGAAAAUGACCGUGAAGUGCUACUUUGUAUGAAGAGUCAAUUGAAAAGUCUUAAUAUUACUGGAUGUGAAGAAAUUCCUGGUGCAAAAUAUGAAUCAUCAUUAUUGGAUCCAGAGUGGUUCUAA